AUGGCAGAUGAUCUUCAUAAACUGAAACAGGACAUCGCUUCGAAUCAAGUGCUGAUCUUCGUCGGCCCCGAUGUGUCCAUGUAUACAGCAUAUGGCGCAGAGAAGAUUUCCUUCUGGAACGAAAUAUUAAAAAGUGGGCUGAAUCAAUGUUAUCACAUGAAUAAAAUCGAUGCAAAAGAUUUUGACGCUUCUAUCCAACGACUGAGUAGCAACUUUAUAGACUUUGACAAUCAUAUCGUUAUAACUGAUCAUAUUAAGUAUUGGCUCACAGAAGAAAUCAAUGUGUACGAAAGUUGGCUGACGAAUAAUAUAAGACAGUUACACGUAGAAAAUCCUGGACUUAUCGAAACGAUCAAAGAAUUACAGUGCCCAAUCUUUACAACAAAUUUUGACUUAUUUCUGGAAAAUGUGCUCAACAAGAAAGCAUUAACAUGGAAUAACUAUCUAACUGCAAGUGAUUCGUUGAUAGAUACUAAGGAUUAUAUUCUACAUAUCUAUGGACAUUAUAAAACACCUGGCAGUAUGAUUUUCAAUAGUGCUGAUCAUCGUCAACUCCAUCAGGAUGAAUUCGUUCGGUCGAAAUUCCAAUCGCUCAUCCGAGGUAAAACUUUGUUAUUCAUUGGCUAUGGAACUAGUAUAGUUGAUCCUAGUUUCUCACACCUUUGCAAGUGGAUAUUCGAUAUAAGCAGCGAUCAUCCACCAACAGUUUAUAAACUUGUCCAAGCAAACAUUCGGCAUGCAGUUUUUGAAAGUAUCAAAGAAAUCUACUAUGGAAAUACUUAUGAAGAUCUGUUAUUCUUUAUUCAAAGUCUCUCCUCAUUCUCCAUAUUAUUUCGUGAGAAUUUAUCGUUCACUGAUCGAAAACGCAAUGUUCGAGAGAAAUACUUGAACUACUUGAUAGACGAAUAUGGUCACGUGUCAAUGUUUGGGUAUACCGAUAAUGACCUAUCAUUGCCAUUGGAAAGUGUGUAUGUUGAAUUGAAAUUUGAUCCGACGCAUCCGUCGAUAAAAGCCAUGAAAACAGUUGAAAUCAACGAAGAAUUUAAACGAAAAGUAUCAUCUCACGGAUUUUUCAAUGCAACGGAAAAAGGAAAGUUGAUUCGAGCCAUCGCGAAACGAAACGAUUAUAAUCCUGAAACAAUCUAUCGAGAUCUGAUGAUUGACCAAUGGUUAAAUGUUCUUUUAACGAACAGAGAAAUCUUUUCCGAUGAUGAAGCAACAACAAUCCGAAGCAAAAUAAGUGACUUAAAGGAAGUGAUCCUCGAAAAAAAUCACCUGAAAGAAGCAAGACAGUAUCAAAUUCGAGAAGCAUACAAUGAAUUCAAACAUUUCGUUAUCCUCGGUCAUCCCGGUUCAGGAAAAACCACCAUAUCAAAAUGGUUAGUCAUGAAUAUGGCACAACAAUGCUUAGGAAAGAAGAAUUCGUUAUUUGAUAAAAUAGAUAUCUCAAGAGAAAAGCUGCCAAUUCUAAUUCCAAUAUGGAAAUACGUUGAUCAAGUUAAAGAGAAUUCUAAGAAACAAAAAACAACUCUACUUCAAUUCCUGUAUGAAAACGUCACGUUAAACUCUGCUGCAUUCACCAAAGAAGAACGAAAUGAUCUUUCGGCAUUGAUCAUCGAAAUGUUAAUACAUGGCAAUGUGCUGAUCAUCUUCGAAGGUUUAGAUGAAGUUCCAGCUCACGUUGAUCGAACUGAUUUAAUGAAAGAUAUCAACACCUUAUUAGAACGUCCGAUUGACUAUGAUCCUCGAUCCGGUAAACUUACACAUUCUCUGUACGAACAAAAAGAAAUCAAUAACACGAAAGAUCCAACAAUUGGAAAUCGAAUUCUUAUCACAAGUCGAAUCGAAGGAAACUAUUUCGAAGAUAUUAACUUCUAUAUCCCAAGAUUCACCAUUCAGGAUAUGUCAAAUGAAGCUUUGAAAUUAUUCUGUAAUUCCUACACCAAAUGCAUCCGAGGAUCAUUGAUCGACGAAGCCAAAGCUGAUCAAUUGUACCACGAGAUAACCCAGAACAAGGAUAUUUUUCAAUUAGCAAUCAAUCCACAGCUAGCCAGUGUUAUCGCUGCUGUUUAUAAUCAAUAUGAAGAUAAACUACCCGAGAAACGCAUUGAUUUAUACGAAAAAGCAAUUGAGAAAAUGAUUGAUCGAUUAGUUACAUCUUCUCUCAAUGAAGAUCGCCAACUAAAUGCCACAAUGUUAUGGUCAAUACUACAAACCAUAGCUGAAUAUCUUCAUAGUAAAGUCGAAGGUUUGUCUGAAAAUAAUCUUCGAACAAUCAUUCACCGAUGCUUACACGAUUUGAACGAACAACAUAUUGACGAUUUCACUUCAAACCUCGUGGAUAUUUUUAAAUACAAAGUGGGUCUAUUGAAUGAAUUCGGCUAUGAUAGUUUCCGAUUUAUUCAUAGAACCUUUCAAGAAUAUCUCGCAGCUAAAAGUCUUCUCUAUCGAAAUGGAUCUGUACGAUUGGAAGAUUCCAUUUACGAAAAUAUCCGAAAUAAAAUCGAUGUUCCGAAUUGGCGAGUACCUCUAAACAUGACAUUUGGAAUAUUGAGCAAAUAUCAUCAGCACAAUGGUUUAUUUACUGGUAUUUUCAAGAGAUUAUUAGCCAAUGAGCAAACGUCAGGAUAUUCGACUCUGACUGUACCGUUUGUGAUUAUUGAUUCAUUGAAUGACAUGUAUUUUGCAUCGAAAGAUGUGGAAUAUGAAUUAAUUCGAAAGCUAACAUAUAUGUUACUGUGUGAUUACAAAAAUCAAUCAGGUUUCUCCAGAUUGAAGGAUCAUCAGAACUUACUUCACUCAUAUUUUUUCAAGUUAAAAGGCAAAUACGAAGAUGUACUCGAAUCUUGGUUCAUUGAAAUGCUUAUCAAUGGAGAAAACAUCGCACCAUGUGCAAGUAUUGUCCUUCAAUUGCAAUGGUAUUCGUCACAAUUCCACGAAAUAUUCCUCCACAACUUACACCAUGAUAGCAAAGUUUGGAAUUGGCCAAUCGAUUCGAUUUUGCGGUGGUAUUCGACUGAAAUUAAACGAUUACCGAUGAAACAAACUCUUACAGACAAUCUUCAGUUAGUUGAACAUAUUCAAAGGAAUGAGGAUUGGUUAGGUUUGAUGAUAGCAUUGUAUGGUGGGCAUGAAAACUUUGAUAUCCAAGCAUCAAUUUGCGAAUAUUAUGAGACAGCUCAGUUUCUUAGCUUGAGCGAUACCCAAAGAGCACCAUUUAUUUUUUAUUACGAAAACAAGUGGGGCAAAGAUGAUCCUGCUUAUCAAAUGGCUGUACAUCUCGACACAUUCCUAGCUAAAAAGAAUUGGACUAAUAUACCAAGAUUCAAUCACGAGAAAAUCUACAAAGAAUCGUUUUUAACAUCAAGAAUUAUGAAACUGUUGCAUGAACGAAGAUCAGCAUCGGAUUUAAUCGAAGAAUUGAAAAAAUUAAUCGAUACUAGAGACUUGUGUCUUACUUCGAAAAUCGACGUCUUAAUCGCCCUUGUUGCAUUAGGAGUUUUUGAUGUCGUCAAUGUGGUUACAACAAAUGCAGAUGAAAUAUUGUUAAAAAGUUUUAUCAAACGACUAGAACAAUCAAUUUCUGUUUUAAAAGAUCCAGUUGCAAGAUGGUCUUCAUGUGUCGAGAAGUAUCUUCUUACAAUUUAUAACAUUUUCGAGUCAAACCCAACACAAUGCUCUCUCAAUUUUUCCGCAUACUGUAAAAUCUAUCUUUCCUUAAUAGUCUCCAGCGGUGGAUUUCCAGUCGAUACAUCGACGCUAGCUGCAACGAUCGAUGGAAUUGAAAAUAAAUCUGAUCUCUAUGGUGAAUAUUUUUGUGAACAAUUGACAUCCGGUUCGGAGGGAGAUGUAAUGUAUGGAAUUCGCACGGUAUCCAAUACUUUGCAAAAAAUGAUGAAAAGCGAUUUACUUAUGCAAUCCUUUCUGAAAACUAACGAAGCAAUUCAGAUUUACAGACCAGUUCGAGGAUACCCAUGGUCUACAGAUCGAUUCGUUUUUCAGUCGUUCGCGGAAAACGAUAUACCCAUUGCAUUUUUCAAUUGCUUAGAAAAUCUACACACGAAUCUCGCGUGUCUAAUCGAAAGUAUUUAUGAAAAGUUCCUUGAAGAAGGAUAUUUCGAUCAAAAUCCGGACUUAAUUCCGUUAUUUACACUACUCAUUUUCGGAAUUAUGUCGAAAGAUCUAAACAAAACCAAGAUUUAUGAAAAAUUGCUUCCUGAAAUGUUCGAUACAAAGAAUGUCAAACAGCUGUUAUUAGAAAAAAUACAAACUAUAUGCAAUCCUUAUUACAAAGCGCGAGCGUUGUAUCAGUUAGCUCAAGUUUAUGAUGUAAAAUCAUUUGCACUUCUCAACGAAUCGUUCAACUUAACCAACAAGAUUUCCGACGCAUGUCAAAAAUUUCAAGUUCUGGAAAAAAUUUAUAAUGUUCUUCAUUAUAAGGAAGUCAAUCGAAAUGAAUUCAGUGAACGAAUUGUAAGCAAGUUGAUACUGACAUGUGAUUGUAUAACGAACCUUCAUGAUCGAAUUAUUGCGCUGAUAAGAUUAUCAUUUUAUCAAUCAGGACCAAUGCGAAAACAAAAUAUCAUCAGUGCGUUAGAAAUAUUGAAUCAAAUGGAUGAAAAUGACGAAAAACUUCAAUUGAUUAUCAAAUUGAAACCGUUGGUGGCUCUCUACGAUGAUCUCCAAGUACGACUUGAUAGAAUCGUUGAUUGUUUGGAAAAUAAUAUAUCUAAGGACUUGGUUAACUCAUUUUACGGUAGAAUAUUGAGUCUUGAGCAGUUCAAAAGUUCUUCACAGUAUAAAGAAAUGCAAACGUUAUUUCGACUUGUUGCACGACUAAAUGAUGCGCAAUUAAUGCUGAAUAAAGGCAAUACUUCAGAUCAACUAUGGCUUCGUUUGUACAAAGACGUUAAUGAUCAAUCGACUAUUGCAAAGAUAUUGGAAAUGGGUGUAGAGAAAGAAUUGUUUCUAACGCCACAGAUUGCGAUUAUUAUUGAUGAAUUAAUUGAAAGGGGAGAAGAAGAGAAGAUUUCAAUUCUAUUUCCAUAUAUCAUCAAACCAUCGAAUGAAGUUUUACCGAUUGUUCAUCGAUGGUCUACUAAGCAUCCAAAGCGAAAACUUAAUGAACUAGCGGUUUUGUUACUGGCAGAGCAUCAGCAUAUUUUCGAAUCAGCAAUCGAUACAACUAUUCGUUUAUUGGAAAAUGACAAUGAUCAAAUAAGAUAUCGAACUGAACGACUUUUUCAGCAUCCAGAUCGAAAUCCUAAUGAACCAAGUCGGAGUGCAUCUGUCAUUGGAGAGAAGACUUUACUAAAACUUAUUCAGGAAAUGCCAACGAAGGAACAUAUACCACGUGUUCGAACUUUUCUCAGAAGUUUCUUCUUCGAUCUUUUGUGGGACGAUUAUCAUACCUUUCAACAUUUACAUGAAAACUUUCACAAAUCCGAAAACCAGCGAACGGUUCUUGCUAAUAGGAUUCAAUUCGCCACGAGAGAUUGUUGGAAUACAAUCAUAGAAGCAGCGGAAUCAUCGCAAGAUUCAUUAUAUAUCGAAAAUAUUCUCAAUUUAACAUUAGAUCUAGUGGUAAAUCAUCAAGUUCUGGCAGACGACUGGGCGAGAUUUGCGGACAUAUUAUCAAUGACGGAUACAAGUCACUUUCGAGAUCAGCGGUACUUCUCUUCGAACGAACGAGCAGUUAUAUAUUUGAUGAUCAAUGAGAUUUGUGUUUCGACAAAUCUUGACGAUGACACAUAUUUUAUAAAUCUGGAAUCGAAAAUUGCCAACGAAUUGACAGUAACGGUUGACGAACUUGCUCGAAGUCGUUUCAAUCAAGUUAAAGAGAUUGGUCGUUGUACUUUUCGUGUUUCGACAAGAAAUAUUAAUGAAAUCGUAUUAGGAAUGUUAAGUGAUAUACCGAUUACAACAUCGAUGAUAGACAAUUUACUUCAAUGGUUAUUACAAAAAAUGUCGGAUUUUCGAGGAUUUAAUGAUUCAAUAUAUUCAUUGAUGAUCGGCGAAAGUUUAUUGGCAUUAGUUUCAGCAUGUGUGCAAAAAGAAGAUUAUCUCUAUCGAAAAGUAACAAAUUCGCCGAAAUUCAACAAGAUUCUCUUGAUUCAACUGUUGCAGAAAAUGAUUCACCACCAUCCGUACUUUUUAGCGAGAGGUAGCGCUUUUGUUCUACUAGCAGCAUUGGAUUUAUCCGAUCAUAAAGUGAUUAUCAACUCUUUAAAUGUACUGUUCGAUGAGAAUUUGGUGAAAGACUAUACGACGAUUGGAAUUCCUUUGAUUCAUUUGUCACCGAACGAGUUUAUCGAUGAUUUAUUGAAAAUCUUAACGAAUGAAAGUGCCAUUAAAAUUUAUGAACUAUUGAGAAUCAUCACACAGUUUGCUUUGGACGAGAAGAUCGAUGCCGAUUGUAAAUCAAAGAUAAUCGGUUACAUAGUAAGAGAAAUCGGACAAGUACAAGCGAAGAAACCGGUGAAUUAUUACUACACUGACAUCAGAAUUCCAUUUACUGCGACGUUAGAAAAUGAGUUGUACAAAACAUGGAUCAAAAUACAAGGAUUCUCAGGUAAAACUCAAUAUGCUGUCACAAUCAAUAAUCAAUGA